AUGAACUUGAACUUACUCCUAGAGCUAUUUGACAUAUAUGUAGUAUCAAGUAAUAUGGCUGAAGUUGCCAAACGCAGGGGGCGUUUGAUCGCAUGUUUCAACUUUCCCGAAGCUUCCUCUGCAUUAGAGGACUCUGCUCCUUCUCGUGCAACAGUUUUUAGGUGGUUUAAGGAAUUUAAAAGAGGCAAAACUAACCUUGAAGAUGACCUAAGAGGCGGACGCCCGGAAACAGCAGUUACUGCAGAAAAUGUGUGGACAUCUGAAAUGUUGGUGCGAGAAGACCCACGAAUCACGUACACGAACAUUGAGAAGAUCCUAGGCAUUAGUUCGGGAAGCGUCAAUACUAUCCUGCAUCAACAUCUUGGAGUGAGGAAGCUUUGUUGUCGAUGGAUCCCACGAUUGCUCUCCGGUGCUGAAAAACAGGCUCGAGUGGAUUGGUGCCGAGAAAUGCUUAUACGUUUCGAAAACGGGACAUCGAGACGUGUUUCAGAAAUCGUUACUGGUGAUGAAACAUGGAUCUAUCAAUAUGAUCCAGAAAGCAAGAAGCAGUCGUCGGUGUGGGUCUUCGCAGAGGGACAAUUACCGACAAAGUUGCAAAGACCUCGAAACGUCGGCAAAAAAAUGGUAGCUAGUUUUUUUUCUCGGAGCGGACAUUUGUCGACGUCAAUGUUAGAAAAUAGUAGGUCUGUUAAUUCAGAAUGGUACACAACAGUAGCAUUGCCAAAAGUUUUCCAAGCUGUGCGGGAGAGGAGACCAAAGACCGGGCUCCGGUGA